AUGACUGCUGAAUUUAAUAAUACAUUUUUCAAUAGUCUGCAAUAUCUUAAUGAAUCAUUAAAUAUUACAUCGGAGGAUGAUAACAAACAAUAUAUGGAAGAGAAACCCUUCUUUGAUCAGUUAACGCCGGAUGAUAUUUCUCUUGAUACAUUAGGUGAUGAGGAUGUGAGUAAUUUUGAAGAAGCACCAUUAUUAGAAGAUUUUUAUCCAAAAUUGUCACACUCAGAUAUUUUAUUUAAUUAUUUUAAAGAUAAAAGAUAUAAUGAUCCUGAGGGAAGUUGUAUGGAUACACAAAUAAAAUUAAAUGGUGUAACAAUUAGAAAAUGUAAUAGAUUACUUCUUCUAGCUUAUUGUACUAGACUUUCGGCACCAUUAAAUGGUUUAAAAAAGCAUUCAGCUAUUCUUAUUGAUAUGGAUGAAGAAAUGACAAAAUUAAAUAAAAAAGAUUUAGAAAUUGUUCUCGAUUUUAUUUAUGAUGGUUGUAUAAAAGAAGUAACAGAUACUCUUGAAAAUUCAGCUUUGAGAUUAGGAUGUUAUGCUAUAGUUGAUAUCUUAAAAAAUAAUCGUUCAUCAAAUAAUGAUUUACCUUCAUUGAUAGAUCCUUAUCAUGUACAUCGUUUUCAAAAUGCAAUUGAAAAAUUCAAAGUUGAUAGUAUUCUUGUUGAUUGUACAAUUAUGUAUGACAAUGAGUUUAUUGGAGAUUGUCAUAAACAUGUUCUAUCAGCUUUUAGUGGUGCUUUUGAAAAUCUUUUUAAAUUAAAUGAAAAUCGUGAAAAUAAUAUAUAUAAUUUAAAAGAAUUAUAUCCAUCUAUUGGAAUAUAUGAAUUUAGAGCUAUUAUUGAUUAUAUAUACUCAGGAGUUUUACGUUGUAUUAAAUUAUGUAAGCUUGAACAAAUAUAUGCAGCUGCAACUAUAUUGGAAGUAGAACAAUUAAUUUCACAAAUUACUAAUAACUAUGAUGUACGAGUUAAUUUUACAUAUGACAAUAUUACAAAUUCUAGUAAUAACACUUUAAAAAUUUUUUCUUCUGCACCUAGUAAUGGUUAUUCAUUAUAUUGUGAAAAUGAUUUAGAUAAUAAUUCUUAUGAAUAUUCACAUCAACGUGAUUCAUCAAUGCAUUUAAAUAUGGAUAAUAGAGAGGCAUAUGUUGAAAUAUAUUGUGAAUAUGUUAAAGGUCCUCAAGGUGGUAGAAAAACAGGAACAUAUGGUAUUAAUAAAUCAAGGUUUAGAGAAAAUGAAAGUGAUGAAAUAUCUAAAAAUGCUGAAGAAAUAUUAUCAACUGCUCAACAAAAAUUAAAUUCAGUAUCACAUUAUAUUUAUCGUGGACCAAAACUAACAGAUGAUACUAAUUUUUCUAAUGAUGUAUCAUUAUUAAAUGAUAUAGAAUUAGAUAGUAAUGAAAUUUCAUUAUAUCCAACAAAAAAAAAUAUUUCAUCACCACAAUUAUCUUCAUCAAAUGUUUCUUCAGUAACAUCAAAUUUUUCAUAUAAAACUGUAUCACCAACACCAAAUUCAUUAUUUAAUUCAUGUAAUUUGUCAUCACCAACUUCUGUUGCAACAUCAUCUACUACGUCACUUCCAAUGACAACACAAUUAUCAGAUUAUGAUAUUCGUCCUUACACCUGUCAAUAUUGUAGUUAUAGAGCAAAAGAAAAAUCAGCAAUAGACAAGCAUGUUAGAUGUAUUCAUACAAAAGAAGCUCCAUAUGUUUGUAGUUUUUGUGAUCAACGUUUUAAAGUUCAAUCAAAUCUUGUUCGUCAUAUUCGUUCACAUACAGGAGAAAAACCAUAUGCCUGUAAAAAAUGUGGUACAGCUUAUGCAGAUAAAAAAAAUAUGGAUGCGCAUGUAUUUAGGGAACAUCUUAAAAUUGCUCCAAGAAAAUGUCCUGUUAAAGGGUGUAAGGCGAAAUUUUAUAGAGUUGAUAGAUUGGAUAUACAUUGUAGAAAAAAACAUGGUUUAGAUUGUAUAACAGAUUAUAGUCCGCUUUAG